GAGGAGAACUACCAAUAAACCUCCCUAGCAAGCAAGUGUCCAACUAAAGAACAGGUUUGCCCCACUGUUGAUGGACAAUGGAUCCCCCUCUGAUUGCCUGAAUAACCCACCAUCACCACGCAGAAGGGGUGGCGGACAUGCUUUCUUUGUCAACGGCAAGAAGAAGAAGAAGAAGAAGAUGUUGCUGGGGCUGCAGACACGACCUAGAGAACCACUGGCCUUUUAGUCUCUGCAGGCCCGGCUGCACUCCGCCUGUCACGGCGGCAACUAGUGCGCCUUACAGCAGGUGUUUUCUUGUGCUGACGUGAUGCUUGAGGAGCCCCCCGCAGAGCACUGAGCCUCUCUUGGCCGUCGGAAUCAUGGACUCUCCGUCAGCACAGACCCCGCCACCGCAGGCCUCUUUAGCCAAAAGGGGUCACCCCUUGCUUUCCAGCGGGCCGCUGAGCGCCACACUGGGGCCUCAAGGGAAGCACUACAUCUGCGGCUCCAUGGCGGCGUUCACCAACAUCAUGGUGACCUUCCCCAUCCAGAAGGUUCUCUUCCGCCAGCAGUUGCACGGCGUGCUGGCCGUGGAGGCGGUGCAGCAGCUCCAGAGGGACGGGCUGCGGAAUCUCUACCGGGGUCUGCUCCCCCCGCUGCUCCAAAAAAGCACCACGGUGGCCAUCAUGUUCGGUUUGUACGAGGACUUCUCCAGAGUCCUUCUGAAGCGGGCAGAAGGCAGCGGCGUGCCGGAGCUGGUCACACGGAGCUUCGCCGCCGCACUGGCGGGAACAGCAGAAGCGUUCCUGACCCCCUUCGAGCGUGUGCAGACACUCCUUCAGGACCACCGGCACCACGGGCGCUUCAACAACACGGCCCACACCUUCCGGACACUUCUGACAGAGUACGGCGUCAGGGAGUGCUACCGCGGCCUGGUGCCCAUCGUGCUCCGCAACGGGCCCAGCAACGUGCUCUUCUUCGGCCUGCGCGGGCCCAUAAAGGAGCAGCUCCCGGAAGCUACAAGCAGACCGGGUCACCUCGUCGUGGACUUCGUCUGCGGCGGAGUCCUGGGGGCGGCCCUCGGGAUCAUGUUCUUCCCGUUGAACGUGGUCAAGUCGCGGGCGCAGUCUCAGGUGGGCGGCGCCUUCCAGCCGUGCAGGCAUGUGCUGCUCACAGUGUGGCGAGAGCGCGGCGGGAGCGUGGCCAUGCUCUUCAGGGGCGCCCACCUCAACUACCACCGCUCGCUCCUCUCAUGGGGCAUCAUCAACGCCACCUACGAGCUGCUGCUGAAGAUCGUGUGAGAGACUCGGAUGUUUCCAGAGGGGCGGCGCUGACGUUGCACAGUCGGUCGGCAUGAGCUGACCACUUGUCGUCAUGACUCUGUAGAGACAUUGAAACUACUAAACUUGUGCCAGGGUCCAGAUGGGGGAAGGUUUUCUCUGUGCGUGCGUGCAUGUGUGUGUGUGUGUGCACCUUUUUUACGGUUUCAAGCAAAAAAAAGCAUAUUUAACCAUUAUGACGCAGUGAAUUUCCCCAAAGAACUGUCAAGAAAAGAGGAAUAAAAUAUUAGUUUCCUGCUUCACAGCCAUGAGGAUUGCAACCAUACUAAAUACUACUGCUACUGUAUUUAUUACUGGGACAGUAUUUAUAAUGAGGUAAAAAAAUGACCCCUUUUAUUUGCUUUUCUAAAAUUGUCUAUGACAUUUAUUUUGGUCUCCCUCCACUCCGUCCUUAUGCCACGCUUGCUCUCCUCCUCCGUCCAUAAUGUGUUGACAUAAUGGCUCACAUUUCACGGUGGAGCAGCCGCCCCCUGACAGACUGCAGAGGCGGCGCGGGAGGGAAGGCGGAGGUAAAUGUUCAGUGGCACAAAAAGCUCAAGCUGCCAUGUAAAUGUAAAUGCACCACUUAGCCUACUUCUUCACCGCUCUUUUCAUUUCAACAGUUUGUAAAGUGUUGCCAUUUUUACAAGAGCGAAAACCUACCCUGUGAGAGUAAAUGCUUUCCCCACCCUAAAGCACAACCAAAUAAAAGGUCGUUGA